CUUUACUAAACUUUAGAUUUAACGCUAAUUUUGUAAAAUCAUUUGACACCAAGUGGUCGAUCAUAUGAUUGACACGACUUGUAAUCGCAUUAACGACUGAAACGUUGCUUUAAAUUGACAUUUGCUUUAUAGGAGAGGACAGGGAUUGUAAUCGUGAAGCCCUCACAGCAAGUGAUCACUAAUUAAGUGCCAAUCAGUCCAUCAGUUUCAUAGACAACUCAGUCAUCAAUGCCUCCGAACGCGUGCUUUCAAAGAAGCGAUUGUAUGAGCCGUGAGGGGAUGGGAUGGCCGACCCCCACGUGGGCCCCACGUCUUGCCGAUGGGGCCGACCAUUACCUGCCAUAUGAUCGGUGCUAUGAAGUGGCCAAACAGAUACUGGCAGUCAAACAGAUCAAUGAGUUGGACCACAACGAAGACAUCGAUAGAGUUGUCUCGUUUAUGGACCAUAAUUGGGAUCACAACCAGUCUUUCGCUGCAAUGGACACUAAGUCUACAGAUUAUGAAGUCUAUAAUCCAAUGCUAUUCACAUCUAUUGGCCCACAAAUGUGUCCACCGAUGGUCUAUGAAACCAUUGAACAGCCAAUGUAUGAGCCGAUGGUUAGCCCACCCGUUGGCCAAUCAUUGUAUCCAUCGAUGGACCACAAACUCCAUGACAAACGACCGCAAAGUUUGGGGAACAGUAAGUCCAACGACAAGAGAGACAAGUUAUUCACGGCCACAGUGUCGGUGCCCUCAUCACACCACGUGGCACAGAUAGUCGGCAAACAGGGCUCAAAAAUAAAGUUAUUGCGUCAGAAGUCUGGGGUACACAUCCAGACGCCCGUCAAUGGACAGGAGCCGGUCUUCAUAAUAACGGGUGAUCGCCAUAAAGUGGAGGAAGUGAGGGCUGAGAUCCAGUCGGCGUCCCUUCACUUCACGGCCGUCGAUGAGGAGCGCAAACAGAAAUUCAAACAUAACUCCGAUAUCCCCGGAUCCAUUUGCGUGAACCUGCGAACCCCGAACGAUUUGAUUGGUCUGAUUGUGGGUCGAAAUGGGGCCACAAUUCGCAACAUUCAGAAAGUAUCGGAAACUUAUAUCGAAACCCCGAAAGAGAGUCACAAUCAGUGGUUCACAAUGACUGGUCUGACGGCUAAUGUCGAAAAUGCUAAGCAUAUGAUCGCCGAACACGUGAGCCUUAAGACCAACAGACACUUCUAUAUUGAUCUCAUGCCAAAUGGAGACAAUAUAUUGACUUCAUAUCAAUGAUAAUCUUUAGGUUUAAAUUUGUCCCGUGAUUACUAGUUUGUAGGAUUUAAUUGUUUCCUUAUUAUUAACCUUUUAUUUCCAAAUAGCAAUUGAAUUCACAUUUUUACAAAAUCCUAACACAUAUCUUAUGCAUGUUAUCCUUAACUAUUAUUAUUAUUAUUCUGAUUGUUUUUUGUGAUAUUUAUGUGAUGACUAUUUUACGCACA